AUGCCGGGCGCGAGCAUCAACUCCAUCAUCAGCACUACCGACUCCCGAGACAUGAUACACGACAUGACCAAUCUACUGACCCGUUCACGCUUCACCCCAGAUGGCAAGGACAGCCUGCCGGAGCUCAGACAAAUGAUACGAGCAGGGCAGGCUGAGUCGCCAGCUGGUCUUCUUUGGGUCCACGACAACAACAAGAUAAACUAA